GUCCUGCUCAUUUCCACACUGCUGGGCAUCACGGAGUGUGUUUACGGGAGUGUGUGUGUGCACAUGUGGAGAAGAGAGAAGCGUGCCGACUACCCCUCCAAAAAGGAAUAAACUUUUUUAAAGUAGGUAACAGUUGACUGGAUGGGGGGAAGAUGAAUGGUUGCUGAAGCCUGGCUACUCUUGAACCUGGGUACCGUGUUUGAUUUUCAGGUUUUUUCGGUUGAGUUGUUUACUCCUCUCUCUCUCUAGUACUUUUAACUCCAACCACGGGGGAGUCAAGAGGCGACUCUUGAGCUGCUUGCAGAGGAAUUCGAACAGAAGCAGAGAUUUUUGUCCUCCUGAGCUGUAAUAACUUUUUAUUCUCUUCUUUUUGAGAAAUUAUUGGAUGCGCUGAGGCAGAAUGGGCGCCUCAUCUCUAUCAGAUAUAGACUUCAAUCAGACGUAUUUGGAUGAGCAUUAUUUCUUUGAGGACAAUAUUGAUGGCUAUGGCAUCACCAUGGCCAUACUCUACUUGGUGGUUUGCAUCCUGGGACUAGCUGGGAACUCCCUCGUCAUCAUCGCCAUUUUGAAAUUGGACAAAAUGUCGUCUUCCACGACCGUGUACAUUUUCAACCUGGCUCUGGCCGACGGACUCUUCAUGGUUGGCCUUCCCUUCAUAGCGAGCCAGAACUUCCAGAACUACUGGAUGUUUGGCGACACAGUGUGCAAAGUGGUCAUGGUGCUGGACGGCAUCAACCAGUUCACCAGCGUCUUCUGUCUGACGGCGAUGAGCAUCGACCGCUUCAUGGCGCUGGCCGAUCCGCUGCGGUUCGCCAGUUGGAGGACGCCGCGCUGGGCCAAGAUGGUCUCGGCAUUCCUGUGGCUGUUCUCGCUCCUAACCAUCCUCCCCAUGGCGCUUCACUUCUCGUCCGAUCGAGGCCUGUGCAUACCAGACCUUGUUUCGGACGCCUGGUGGCUCGGCAUCCUGUCUUACACCUUCGUCAUGGGGUUUGCUUUGCCGUUCAUGGUCAUGACGGCCUCCUACGCCGCCCUGCUGCUCACCCUGAGGGCCCAGCGGCUCCGGGCGCCGCCGGCCAACCCGGAGAGCCACCGGAUGGAGCGGCAGGUCACCAAAAUGGUGGUCGCAGUGGUGGUGGUGUUCGGGAUGUGCUGGCUGCCGUUUUACACCUUCAACUUCUGCUCUCUGUAUCAAACCGGCGUAGUCCUGCCCUUCGCCAGAGCUUUCGAGUUUGUGGUGCUGCUGUCGUACUCGUGGAGCUGCGCUAACCCCAUCCUCUACGUCUGCCUCUCCGACACCUUCAGGAGGCACUUCCGCACACUCCUCUGCCCUGCUGCCAAGUCGUCUCCCAGCAUGCAGUGCAACACCGAACGGUAUGACUUAAAUGACACAGGUGUGCGGGAUGUGACCAUUCUGGCGUAGAGAGACGACGAAAAACUGACUCACCGUUUUACUCCAUUUCCUGUCACGAUGCACUGCAUGAUACCUUCACCUUCUUUAAACUUUGUUACUCAUUUGAUGGUUUGUAGAUAUGUGAUGAAUUCUGUUUUUGUUUUAUAUCUCUAUAUAACUUGAAAUGUAUAAAUUGUACAUACUUUCUUGCCCUGGGCGAUCAGAUUUGCUGAAUUUGAGGUUAUUCUGCUCUUCGC